CUUUCCGCCCUCUCCCUGCUCCGCAGUCUAUGUAUACCGGGAGCCCGGCUUGGCUGGCUGUGACAAGCAGCGCGCACCGCUGACCCGAGCACACCCUCAGUCGGGCUCGGGACUGCGCAGCGGCACGGCUUUGGAAAGUCGCUCUUUCCGCGGGAUGAAGAGCCCCGUGCUGGACGCGGUCUCCUUACUGCUAGACAAGCUGCUCCUCUCCAAUUUAAAGCUUCUCAGUCUGGGAGCUCAGGGAGAAGACCAAAGAAGCAGCCGGUCCUAUGAAGUCAGUUCCUUCCUCCGCGGGGACGUGCUGGAGGUGCCCCGCACCCACCUGACCCACUAUGGCAUCUACCUGGGCAACAACCGCGUAGCCCACCUCAUGCCUGACAUUUUGCUGGCCCUGACCCCGGACGAGAAGCGCACCCAGAAGGUGGUCUCCAACCAGCGUCUCCUCCUGGGCGUCGUGGUCAAGGUGGCCAGCAUCCGCGUGGACACAGUAGAGGACUUUGCCUACGGGGCCGACGUCCUGGUCAAUCACCUGGACGAGUCCCUGCAGAAGAAGGCGCUGCUCAAUGAGGAGGUGGCUCAGAGGGCGGAGGAGCGGCUGGGCGUGUGCCCUUACAGCCUGCUGUGGAACAACUGUGAGCACUUCGUGACCUACUGCAGAUAUGGCACCACGGUCAGCCCCCAGGCCGACAAGUUUUGUGAGUAUAAGAAGGUAAUUGUUCAUGAUCAGACAAGUGUUCUUGCUUCAGCAGUCUUGGGACUGGCAUCUAUAGUCUGCAUGGGCCUGGUAUCACAUAUAAAAUUUCUUAUAAUCUUUAUACUUCAUAUUCUUGUGUCAAUGUGA